AAGGCCUGCCUCCUCGGCUCCGCCGGGCAGCGCUUGGGCUCGUUACCCUGCGGCGGGACGACGACGAUGCUGACGCAGCGGAGCAGAGCGUCGCGCCCGGGGGUGAACAACGGAGCCAGCAGGGAUCGGAUUGGUUCAGCGCGAUCUCAUCCUCGAUCCGCCAAGCGACCUCGAUCGACGACGCUCACGAGCUAGCGACGACGCCAUGCAUGCGUUGUCCCCUACUACGUAUACCCGGCCGGGUCCAGUGCACAGAGCGUGCCCACGAGCUAGGUCGAUCGGGCCGCCGGAGCGCGCCAUGCCUGCAUGCAGCGAUAGAUCUAGCGCACAACGUCCAUGCAUGCACACACCAUCAUCACCGUCAUCAUCAGCAACUCGAUCGACCGACCGCCGCGACGGCGCGCGCCCUCUCUCGCUCCGCUUCCGCCUUCCGGCCGGCAGCCUAGCUAGAAUUGAUCGAUAAUGGCCAACGCCGUCGAGCUCUCCGGCCGUUCCCUCCCAUCGCCGGCGGCGGCUUGCUGCUGCUGGUGGCUCCACUCGGGCGGCCAACGAUUCAGCUCGUUGCCUCGCGGGUUGGGGUCGGCCAGAGCUGCGCGCCCUGGGGUCACAAGAGUGGCCCAGCAGGUCCACAAGACGCUUGAGGUAGAAGAACGUGCGAAUAGUCCUGCCGAAAACUUUAGCCGUGGCAUAAGCACACAACAUAACAAGGGCACAUCGUCAGAUACUACGAUGAGGGAGCAGCUCCAGCAAGUCGAUGUGCUUCAGAACAUGGGAAUUUCCCGGCAUUUCUCUGGCGACAUCAAGCGUAUCCUGGAGAGGACAUACAGCUGCUGGUUGCAGAGAGAUGAGGAAAUUGUGCGGGAUGUCGAAACUUGUGCUAUGGCGUUUCGGAUUCUUCGGAUGAACGGAUACAAUGUUUCUGCUGAUGAGCUGUAUCAUGUUGCUGAAGCAUCCGGGUUCCAUCCUUCGCUUGAAGGAUAUUUGAACGAUACAAGAUCCCUAUUAGAGUUGCACAAGGCUUCGAAAGUCAGUAUCUCAGAAGAUGAGUCUAUCUUGGACAGCAUAGGCUCAUGGUCAGGCUGCCUGCUGAAGGAACAGCUGAGAUCUGGUGGACUGCAGGGAACGCCACUUUUUAGAGAGGUGGAACAUGCUCUGGAAUUUCCUUUCUACACCACAUUGGAUCGUCUCGACCACAGGAGGAACAUAGAAAACUUCGAUGUCACACGAGACCAGAUGCUAAAAGCAUCAUACUUGUCUUGUUAUACCAACGAUGAUAUUCUAGCGUUGGUUAUCAGAGAUUUCAGUACCUGCCAGGUUACUUACCAGGAAGAACUUCGUCAUCUUGACAGCUGGGUGAAAGAGAGCAAGCUGGACCAGUUAUCAUUCGCACGGCAGAAGUUGGCAUACUUCUACCUCUCUGCUGCUGGCACCAUAUUCACUCCUGAACUGUCGGAUGCUCGCAUUCUAUGGGCCAAAAAUGGUGUGCUCACAACAGUUGUCGAUGACUUUUUCGAUGUUGGAGGAUCAAUAGAAGAAUUGGAAAACCUAGUCACAUUGGUUGAGAUGUGGGACGAGCACCACAAAGUUGAGUUCUACUCGGAACAAGUAGAGAUUGUGUUUUCUGCAAUUUACACUUCAGUAAACGAGCUUGGAGAAAAGGCUUCUUUGCUACAAGACCGUGAUGUUACCAAACACCUUGUAGAAAUAUGGCUGGAUCUGCUGAGGUCUAUGAUGACCGAGGUGGAGUGGCGGAUUAACAAAUAUGUCCCAACAGCAGAAGAAUACAUAACGAAUGCAGCUUUGACAUUUGCACUAGGCCCCAUUGUCCUCCCAGCAUUGUAUUUUGUUGGGCCAAAGAUCCCAGAAUCUGCUGUUAAAAACCCAGAAUACAACGAGUUGUUCAGGCUAAUGAGCACAUGUGGCCGUCUUUUGAACGAUGUUCAGACUUACGAGAGGGAGUACAGCGAGGGCAAGGUGAACAGCGUUUCUCUCCUCGUUCUUCAGAGCGGCGGCUCCAUGUCCAUAGCGGAGGCCAGAAGGGAGAUGCAGAAGCCCAUCGACACCUGCAGGAGGGACCUGCUAAGACUGGUUCUCAGGAAGGAAGGCGCCGUCCCUAGGCGCUGCAAGGAGCUGUUCUGGAAGAUGUGCAAGGUGUGCUACUUCUUCUACUCCCGGGGCGACGCGUUCAGCUCGCCGGAGGCGAAGGCCAGAGAAGUGGACGCUGUGGUCAACCUGCCGCUACAGCUCAAGGGAAGCAAUAGUGCAUGGCUGCCUGUCUUGUGGGAGAAAUCAAACCAGCAUGCAUGAUCUGAUGCUUCUUGAAUUGCUUGGUCAAUCGAUCAUGUGGCCGGUUUCUUUUGAAGGCACAGUAGCUAGGAGCAGGUACCAGGCGCUGUAACUUGAUGACAUGGUUUGGUCUCUUAGGAAGCGUGGGAGGGAAAAUAGGGAACGUUAGAUACUCGCAGAGACGAACUGAAAGAAAGCUCAAUGUUUGUAGCUGCAGAGCUUCUGUUGUUCGACUGAAAAUUCGUCCUGCUAUCUCCAGGUCUUGAUCGGCUCUGGAAGCACAUUGGCGUAAA